CGUGCUAACGCAGCAACAACUCGUCGAAUAUGAUCUUUAGUAGAGGGCGUGACGAUUAUAAUAGAAGUGCUGUGUUGAAGACCAAACCGCGGCCCGAAUGCGUCAAGAUCUUGGACUUCAGGGAGGUAGAGAGUUCGGCGAAGUCGUGUCAGAUUUUGGACAAUAGAAAGGUGGUCCAGAUGAUUGCCGAUGCAGAAGUACUGGAUGGGUUGGUAACUGACAGGAGAGGCGGAGUAGGUGUUGUAGUAGUCAGAUGUAAAAAAUGAGGACGGGAUAUCGUAGGUAGGUUCCUCGUUAGGCCUCUUCCUUAACACAAUGCCGCAAAGCAAGGUGUGUUCGAAGUCGUAAGGGAGGAGGCGGUUGGGUAUGUCUGGAAAAAUGAGAGGGCGGAUUUGAUAAAGAUCGAGGAGAUCUGGGAUGUGGCUCUGCGGAAUAAGUUGCAGGUUUCGUUCUUGUACGUUGGCUAUUCCUUUCAAAAGCUUAACCCUCUGAGUGUUCUCGUAACUCGGGCGUACUAGGCUCUCGAAGUAGUCUAUCAACGGAAUUUGUUCGUGCCGCAGGGAUAUGAAGAUUAAAAGUUCUCUCUGUGCUCU